AUGUCAAGAUGUUAUAAGUCUUCAUUGAGUUUCAAACUCGUGCGCUUGUAUUGGGUAAAUGGUGGGGGUGAUGACGUAAUUAAGACCGAUGACUGCUCGAAGCUUACCCAUGUAAAAGGUGAGUUGGUUGGGACCUCAAGUUCCCUUCAAGAGGUUUUGGAGACCAAUCUCGUGUUAAAUGCCAAGGUUAUCGAAUUCAAUGGGUAG